AACCGUUUAUUGUAUUGUGGUUGACUGGACUGUGAAGGAACUUGCUAGUCCAUUUCCUCAAACUUUCAUGUCAUUCUCUCUUCUCUUAUUCACUAUAUAUAUAUUUAGUGACAGUUCCUUUGCAAAAAUUCAACAACAUUCACAGCACACACAGACAGAACCAUAGGCAAAGACAGAGGUGGUCAAAGCAUGGAGAAAGCAAUUCAAAGACAGAGAGUCCUCCUUGAACAUCUUCAACCCAGUUCUUCAAUUUCAUCUUUUUCACCUCAAUCCACUGAUCUCACUGCUUCAGUCUGUGCUGCUGAGAAUUCUUUGCAGGGAAAAACAAGUGGAUCUGAAGAUGAUGUGGUCAUUGUAGCAGCAUAUCGUACUGCCAUCUGCAAAGCAAAGCGUGGAGGCUUCAAGGACACCCUUCCAGAUGACCUACUUGCAUCUGUUCUGAAGGCUGUGAUAGAGAAAACAAAUGUGAACCCAAGUGAAGUAGGAGACAUAAUUGUUGGCACAGUGCUAGCACCAGGAUCAGAAAGAGCAAUUGAGUGCAGAAUGGCAGCUUUCUAUGCGGGUUUCCCAGAGACGGUGCCGCUCCGAACUGUCAAUAGGCAAUGUUCAUCUGGACUUCAAGCUGUUGCUGAUGUUGCUGCGUACAUAAAAGCUGGAUUCUAUGACAUUGGCAUUGGGGCUGGAUUGGAGUGUAUGACACAAGAUAAUAUUUCAAGGCCGACUCGUAAAGCUAGCUCAAAUGUAGAGGCCUUUGCGCAAGCCCGGGAUUGUCUUCUUCCUAUGGGAAUCACUUCUGAGAAUGUUGCACAGCGUUAUGGUGUGACAAGACAAGAGCAAGACCAGGCUGCUGUUGAGUCUCACAAGCGUGCUGCAGCUGCAAUAGCUUCUGGUAAAUUCAAAGAAGAAAUAAUUCCAGUUUCUACUAAGAUUGUGGACCCUAAAACUGGAGAGGUGAAGCAAAUUGUCGUUUCUGUUGAUGAUGGUAUCCGACCGAACACAAAUGUGAAUGAUCUGGCAAAGCUGAAGCCUGCAUUCAAGAAGGAUGGAUCCACAACAGCAGGGAAUGCUAGCCAAGUUAGUGAUGGUGCUGCUGCAGUUCUCCUUAUGAAGAGAAGAGUGGCUGUGCAAAAGGGACUUCCUAUUCUUGGAAUCUUCAGGAGUUUUGCUGCUGUUGGAGUAGAUCCUUCUGUCAUGGGUGUUGGUCCGGCUUUUGCUAUUCCGGCCGCUGUGAAAUCUGCAGGUCUUGAACUUGGUAACAUUGACUUGUUUGAAAUCAAUGAGGCAUUUGCGUCGCAGUUUGUUUAUUCCUGCAAGAAAUUGGGACUUGAUACCAGAAAGGUCAAUGUCAAUGGUGGUGCCAUUGCUCUUGGGCAUCCUUUGGGCGCUACAGGUGCACGCUGUGUUGCAACUUUGCUGAAUGAGAUGAAGCGUCGGGGCAAGGACUGUCGCUUUGGUGCAAUCUCAAUGUGCAUAGGGUCUGGUAUGGGAGCUGCUGCUGUAUUUGAAAGGGGAGACUGUUGAAAAUUUAUACAAGUUUAUAAUGGUUAGAAAGAAGAAGUAACACAAUCUUGUUUCAAAGGAUGCUUGAUCUAUCAUUUGAAGUGUCUCUAGUUUGAAUUCAGUUGUGAUCUGAAAGUUACAAAAAGGUGGAUGUGAAAUUUUAUUAUUUACCAAUUGAAAACAAUAAAUGUAUCCAAAAAAGAAUUAUUAUAAUCAUGAUUAUUACCAUGAUGAUAGAAGCUGUUUGUACUACAUGCAACUGCUCUGUUUGAAUAUGCUGAUGAGUAAAGACCGAGAGAAGGAAAGCAGAAAUUUUGUACUACAUCAAAUUCAUGAACCCAAAAUCCAUUUCUCACUUA